ACUAAAUUUUUGGCUAAACCCCUAAGGGGCUUGCACCUCCUAUAACGAAGUCGAGCCUAAAGGGAGGGUCAUACUUGGAUGCAAACUUGAUUAUUGUUCAAUCACAAAACAAAGGGCUUGCAUCUCAUAUGACGAGGUCAAGCCUAAAGAAGAGAUAUGUCUGGAUGCUCUUACCGGAUGCAAACUUGAUUAUUGACUAUGUCCUCUCACGAGCCGCUCGGACGAAAAUGCAGAUCUUCGUGAAGACCCUGACGGGGAAGACGAUCACCCUCGAGGUGGAAUCGUCGGACACGAUCGACAAUGUGAAGGCGAAGAUCCAGGACAAGGAGGGGAUCCCGCCGGACCAGCAGCGCCUGAUCUUCGCCGGGAAGCAGCUGGAGGACGGCCGAACCCUAGCCGAUUACAACAUCCAGAAGGAGUCCACGCUCCACCUCGUCCUCCGCCUCCGCGGCGGCGCGAAGAAGCGGAAGAAGAAGACGUACACGAAGCCGAAGAAGCUGAAGCACAAGCACAAGAAGGUGAAGCUCGCCGUCCUGCAGUACUACAGGGUGGACGAGUCCGGAAAGGUCCAGAGGCUUCGCAAGGAGUGCCCCAACGCCGAGUGCGGCGCCGGAACCUUCAUGGCCAACCACUUCGACCGCCACUACUGCGGCAAGUGUGGCCUCACCUAUGUCUACCAGACCGGCGGUGAUUAAUUAACCCUUUUCUCUCCUCUUUUUUUUCAUUAAACCUUUGAUUUUGCUAUCAUUAUCACUCUUGGAUCCUUAAAGCAAUCAUUUUUCCUAUGGUCUUGCAGCUUAUAUGUCAUCUAUUGCUCUCUAGUUAUAUGCAUAAAUGCCAUUCUCUUCACUGUUUGUGUGUUUAGAACAAAAGUGUUUUUGAGAGUUCAAACAAUGUUAUUGGGAUAAAAAUUGAAUGUAUUU